AUGACACUCACACAAGAUGUCAGAGUCGAGUUCAUGGAGGCAGUGUCUUCCCUUAUCCUCAAGUUCAAGGCAGACAAAUGGAACAAACUGGUGGGAGUCGAGGAGAAUGCGGCCUUGUUCACAGAAUUCUUUGAAAAAACUGAUGUCCUUGUGAUGGUGUUGACGCUCAACGCUGCUGGCAUGAUCAUUCCCUGCCUGGGCUUCCCAGACUCCCUCAAAUCCAAAGGCGUUUACUUUAUCAAGUCAAAGCCAGAGCGCAUUACCAAGGACGACUACAAGUCCCAGCUCCUCUAUGGGGACAUCAGCCCAACACCAGUGGACCAGCUGAUUGUCGUAGUGGAAGAGGUCCUCUACUCUCUGCUAAACCAAACUGAGAACAUGGAUGGCUGGCCCCGGGUGGUCUCAGAAGACAUUGUCAAGCAAGUCCACAGACUGAAGAAUGAGAUGUUUGUGAUGGGAGGCAAGAUCAAAGGGAAAACUCUGCUGCCCAUCCCAGAGCACCUGGAGAGCCUGGAUGGCACGCUGGAGUCCGUGGAGAGGAUCCCCUCCCUGGACAACUCGCUCCUGCAUUCCAUUGAGACCAUCAUCAUCGACUGGUCCCACCAGAUCCGGGAUGUGCUGAGCAAGGACUCGGCUCAGGCCCUGCUGGACGGUCUGCACCCGCUGCCCCAUGUGGAAUUUGAGUUCUGGGACGCGAGGCUCAUGAACCUGCAGUAUAUCCACAAGCAGCUGAAUAGACCCAAAGUGAACAGAAUAGUUGAAAUCCUGGAAAAAGCCAAAAGCUGCUAUUGGCCAGCCCUACAAAACGUCUAUAUGAACGUCUCCCAAGGACUGAAGGAAGCCAAUGACAUCGUCCUGCAUCUGAAACCCUUGCGCAUCCUGAUGGAGGAGAUGGAGCAGGCUGACUUCACAGUGCUCCCCACCUUCAUCACCAAGGUGCUGAGUACCAUCUGCUUCAUCUGGGCCACCUCGGAGCACUACAACACGCCGUCCAGGGUCAUCGUCAUCCUGCAGGAGUUCUGCAAUCAGAUCAUUGAAAUGACUCGAACUUUCCUGAGCCCAGACGAGGUGCUGAAGGGCUUACAGGGCGAGAUAGAGGAGGUGCUAAGUGGCAUCUCGCUGUCCGUGGGCGUCCUGAAGGAGCUCUUCCAUGCCUAUGACUUCUGCUGCGCCAACAUGAAGCUUUUCUUUAAGGACAAGCCAACUGUGCCCUGGGAGUUCCCAUCAUCUCUUGCUUUCUCCAGAAUGAAUUCCUUCCUUCACCGUGUCCAGACUAUUGAGGAUCUUUAUAAGACAGCCAUCGAGUUUCUGAAGCUAGAGAAGAUCGAGCUGGGAGGCGUGCAUGGGAGCAUCCACGGAAACCUGGUGACCCAGAUUUACAACGCAGUCUUUGAGAUGGUGAAGGUCUUUGCUGACUGCAAAUAUGAUCCCUUGGACCCCGGAGACUCCAGUUUUGAUGAGGAUUACAGUGACUUUGAGACCAAAAUCCAAGACCUGGAUAGGAGGCUGGCCACCAUCUUCUGCCAAGCCUUUGAUGACUGCACCUCCAUCGAGUCGUCCACAAAGCUCCUGUACAUGUGUGGGAGCCUCCUGGAGCGGCCUCUGAUUCUUGUCCAGGUGGUACCCAGGUACUCGGUCAUGUUGGAGCUGUUCAAUACUGAACUGGACAAUGCCAAGCUCAUGUACGAUGCUCAGAUGGCAGCUUCUGCUGAGGGCAACAUUCCACCCAUUCACAAAAACAUGCCACCCGUGGCCGGGCAGCUCAAGUGGAGCCUGGAGAUGCAGGAGAGGCUGGAGGUGUCCAUGAAGCACCUGAAACACAUUGACCAUCCGGUCAUGUCCAGUGCGGAGGCCAAGCUUGUUUACGAGAAAUACGAUGAGAUGAUGGAGCUACUGCGCAGCCGCCGAGAGAAAAUCUACCAGCAGUGGGUGGGCGGCGUGGACGAGAAUUGCCACUUCAACCUGGGGCAGCCAAUCCUUCAGCGAGACCCCUUCUCCAGCCUCAUCCAGGUCAACUUCAGCAAGACGUUGGUGGCAGUCCUGAGAGAAGUCAAGUACUUGAACUUCCAGCAGCAGAAAGAGAUUCCAGGCAGUGCAGAGAAGCUGUUCUCAGACAAUGAAACCUUCCGGAAGUUUGUGGGCAACUUGGAGCUCAUCGUUGGAUGGUAUAAUGAGAUAAAGACUACCGUGAUGGAGGUAGAGUUCCCACUGAUCAAGUCAGAACUGGAAGUAAUUGAUGUCAAGCUGCUGAGCGCUGAAACCACACUGUUCUGGAACGGGGAAGGUGUAUUUCAGUACAUUCAAGAGAUGCGGGAGAUUCUAUAUGACCUGCAGAAGAGGAUUCAGAAAGCCAAGCAAAAUAUAGAAGGGAUCACCCAGGUCAUGCAGGAGUGGUCAGCCAACCCCCUGUUUGAGAGGAAGGACAAGAAGGAGGCCCUGCUGGACCUGGAUGGGAGAGUGGCCAACCUGAACAAGCGCUACGUGGCGGUCAAGGAUGCAGGCGUGAGGGUCCAAGCCAUGGUUGCUGAGAAUGCAGAGCUGUUCAGAGCAGACGUAACCAGCUUGCCCUGGAAGGAUUACGUCAACUACAUUGACGACACUGUCUUAGAUGAGUUUAACCACUUCAUCCGCAAAUCUCUAAACUACUUAAUGGACAACAUGACUAUGGACACUAUCGCACCCCUGUUUGAAAUCCGCAUGGAGCUGGACGAAAAAGGGCUGACCUUCAACCCAUCACUGGAGAUGGGUGCAGAGGACGGCUUCCUGGUGCUGAUUGAGGGCCUGAUCGACGAUCUCUACAACGUGGCCAGGCUCAUCCCCCGGCUGGCCAAGGGCAGAUUGAACUACAAGGUCAACACCAGCAUGGAUGAUUGGAAGACCACCAAGUGGAAGGACAUCAACGUGGAACAGAUGGACAUCGACUGUAAGAAGUUUGCCAAGGAUGUGAGGUCUCUGGACAAGGAGAUGAAGGCCUGGGAUGCCUUCGUGGGGCUGGAGAACACGGUGAAAAACAUGAUCACAUCCCUGCGUGCCGUGAGCGAGCUGCAGAACCCCGCCAUCCGAGACCGCCACUGGCAACAGCUCAUGCAGGCCACCCAGGUGAAGUUUGAAAUGUCAGACGAGACCACCCUGGCAGACCUGCUGCAGCUCAACCUUCACAAGUACGAGGACGAGGUCCGCAACAUCGUGGACAAGGCCGUGAAAGAGUCUGGGAUGGAGAAGGUACUGAAAACCCUGGACUCCACCUGGGCCACCAUGGAAUUUGAGCAUGAGCCACACCUGCGGACAGGCACCAUGAUGCUCAAGUCAGACGAGGUGUUGGUAGAGACCCUAGAAGACAACCAGGUACAGCUGCAGAACCUGAUGAUGUCCAAGUACCUGUCCCACUUCCUGAAGGAAGUGACCAGAUGGCAGCAAAAGCUGUCCACCGCAGACUCGGUCAUCUCCAUCUGGUUUGAGGUCCAGAGAACCUGGAGCCACCUGGAGAGCAUCUUCAUUGGCUCGGAAGACAUCCGAGCUCAGCUUCCAGAGGACUCCAAGCGGUUUGAUGCCAUUGACCUGGAAUUCAAGGCCUUAAUGGCAGAUGCCAUGAGAACACCAAACGUGGUGGAAGCCACCAACAAGCCGGGUCUCUAUGAUAAACUCGAGUCGCUGAAGAAGAGCUUGUCAGUGUGUGAAAAGGCAUUGGCUGAAUAUUUAGAGACAAAGAGACUGGCUUUCCCGAGGUUUUAUUUCAUUUCCUCGGCCGACCUGCUGGACAUCCUUUCUAAUGGAAAUGACCCCACGGAGGUGAGCCACCACCUGUCCAAACUCUUCGACAGCCUGUGUAAGCUGAAGUUCCGACUCGAUGCCAGUGGAAAACCGCUCAAGUCCGCCCUGGGAAUGUACAGUGAGGAAGACGAGUAUGUGGAUUUUGAUAAGGAAUGUGAUCUCUCGGGCCAGGUGGAAAUAUGGCUGAAUCGGGUGCUGGACCGAAUGUGUGCCACACUGCGACAUGAAAUUCCAGAAGCUGUGGUGACCUACGAGGAGAAGCCCAGAGAGCAAUGGAUCUUUGACUACCCAGCCCAGGUGGCGCUAACAGGCACUCAGAUCUGGUGGACGACGGAGGUGGGCCUGGCAUUUGCGAGGCUGGAGGAAGGAUACGAAAAUGCUAUCAAAGACUACAACAAAAAGCAGAUCAGUCAGCUGAACGCUCUCAUCACCCUGCUCAUCGGAAACCUCAGUGCCGGCGACAGGAUGAAGAUCAUGACCAUCUGCACCAUCGAUGUGCAUGCCCGAGAUGUGGUGGCCAAAAUGAUCAUAGCCAAGGUGGAGAGCUCGCAGGCCUUCACCUGGCAGUCACAGCUCCGGCACCGCUGGGAUGAGGAGAAAAAACACUGCUUUGCCAACAUCUGCGACGCCCAGAUCCAGUACUCCUACGAGUACCUGGGCAACACACCACGGCUGGUCAUCACCCCACUCACAGACAGGUGCUACAUCACGCUCACGCAGUCCCUCCACCUGAUCAUGGGUGGAGCCCCUGCGGGCCCUGCCGGCACUGGCAAGACUGAGACAACCAAGGACCUGGGCAGAGCCCUGGGCACCAUGGUGUAUGUCUUCAAUUGCUCCGAGCAGAUGGACCAUAAGUCCUGUGGGAACAUCUACAAGGGCCUGGCCCAGACGGGAGCCUGGGGCUGCUUUGAUGAGUUCAACCGGAUCUCAGUGGAAGUGUUGUCUGUGAUUGCAGUGCAGGUAAAAUGUGUCCAAGAUGCAAUUCGGGCCAAGAAAAAGAAGUUCAACUUCCUGGGGGAGAUGAUCAGCCUCAUCCCCACCGUGGGCCUCUUCAUCACCAUGAACCCUGGCUAUGCUGGACGCACGGAGUUGCCCGAGAACCUGAAGGCCCUAUUCAGGCCCUGUGCAAUGGUGGUCCCUGACUUUGAACUGAUCUGUGAGAUCAUGCUGGUGGCCGAGGGCUUCUUGGAUGCCCGCCUGCUGGCCCGGAAGUUCAUCACACUCUACACCCUGUGCAAAGAGCUGCUCUCAAAGCAGGACCAUUAUGACUGGGGCCUGCGGGCCAUCAAAUCCGUGCUGGUAGUGGCUGGCUCCCUGAAGAGAGCGGACCCUACCCGAGCAGAGGAUCAGGUGCUCAUGAGGGCCCUGAGAGACUUCAACAUCCCCAAGAUUGUGACUGACGACUUGCCGGUGUUUAUGGGGCUGAUUGGGGACCUCUUCCCUGCCCUGGAUGUGCCCCGGAAGCGAGACCUGAAUUUUGAGAAGAUCAUCAAGCAGAGCAUCAUAGAGCUCAGGCUGCAGGCCGAGGACAGCUUUGUGCUGAAGGUGGUGCAGCUGGAGGAGUUACUGCAAGUCCGACACUCGGUGUUUGUCAUCGGGAACGCAGGCAGUGGCAAAUCCCAGGUCCUCAGAUCCCUCAACAAGACCUAUCAGAGCCUGAAGAGGAAGCCGGUGACUGUGGACCUGGACCCAAAGGCUGUCACCUGUGAUGAACUGUUUGGUAUCAUCAACCCAGCGACCAGGGAGUGGAAAGACGGUCUGUUCUCAACCAUCAUGCGGGACCUGGCCAAUAUCACGCACGAUGGUCCCAAAUGGAUUGUCCUGGAUGGGGACAUAGACCCCAUGUGGAUCGAGUCCCUUAACACCGUCAUGGAUGACAACAAGGUCCUCACCCUGGCCAGUAAUGAACGAAUCCCCUUGAAUCGCACCAUGAGGCUGGUGUUUGAGAUCAGCCACCUGAGGACAGCCACCCCGGCCACCGUUUCCAGGGCCGGCAUACUCUACAUCAACCCCGCUGAUCUUGGGUGGAACCCAGUGGUGAGCAGCUGGAUCGAGAGGCGCACGGUGCAGUCGGAGAAGGCCAACCUGACCAUCCUUUUCGACAAGUACCUGCCCACAUGCCUGGACAAGCUGCGCUUUGGAUUUAAGAGGAUCACUCCAGUGCCUGAGAUCACUGUGAUUCAGACCAUCCUGUACCUGCUGGAGUGCCUGCUCACGGAGAAGAACGCUCCUCCCGACUCCCCCAAGGAGCUCUACGAGCUCUACUUUGUCUUCGCCUGCUUCUGGGCUUUUGGUGGCUCCAUGUUCCAGGACCAGCUCAUUGAUUAUCGGGUUGAGUUCAGCAAGUGGUGGAUCAAUGAAUUUAAAACCAUCAAGUUGCCUUCGCAGGGGACCAUUUUUGACUACUACAUUGACCCAGAAAGUAAAAAGUUCCUGCCGUGGACGGACAAAGUGCCUGCUUUCCAACUGGACCCUGACGUCCCACUGCAGGCCUCUCUAGUCCACACCACGGAGACCAUACGCAUCCGGUACUUCAUGGAUCUGCUCAUGGAGAAGUCCUGGCCUGUGAUGCUGGUGGGGAACGCCGGCACCGGCAAGUCGGUGCUGAUGGAGGACAAACUGGAGAACCUCAGCACCGAUGACUACUUGGUGCAGGCCAUACCCUUCAAUUUCUACACGACCUCUGCCAUGCUGCAGGGGGUGCUGGAGAAGCCUCUAGAAAAGAAGUCGGGGAGGAACUAUGGGCCCCCGGGCACCAAGAAGCUCAUCUACUUCAUUGAUGACAUGAACAUGCCCGAAGUGGACAAAUAUGGGACAGUGGCCCCUCACACCCUCAUCCGCCAGCACAUGGACCAUGGACACUGGUAUGACAGACAGAAACUGACGUUAAGGGAUGUCCACAACUGUCAGUAUGUGGCUUGUAUGAACCCCACGUCUGGCUCCUUCACCAUUGACCCCAGGCUUCAGCGCCAUUUCUGUGUGUUUGCCGUGAGCUUCCCUGGCCAGGACGCCCUCACAACCAUCUACAACACGAUCCUGGCACAGCACCUGUCCUACCGCUCGGCCCCCCUGGUGAUCCAGAGAAUGAGCAACCAUCUGGUGGCCGCGGCACUGGCCUUGCAUCAGAAAAUCACAGCAACGUUUCUUCCCACGGCCAUUAAGUUUCAUUACGUCUUCAACCUCAGGGACCUCUCCAAUAUCUUCCAGGGCCUCUUGUUCUCUACGGCAGAAAGUCUGAAAACCCCCCUGGACAUCGUCCGCCUUUGGCUGCAUGAGGCUGAGCGGGUAUAUGGGGACAAGAUGGUUGAUGAGAAAGACCAGGAGACGUUACGCAGGCUCACCAUCACUUCCACCAAGAAAUUCUUUGGUGAACUUGGUGAGGAACACUUAUUUGCCAAACCGAACAUCUUCUGCCACUUUGCUCAAGGGAUCGGUGACCCCAAGUACUUGGCUGUCUUGGAUGUGACCUACCUGAACAGGCUUCUUGUCGAUGUCCUAGACAGUUAUAAUGAAGUCAAUGCAGUCAUGAACUUGGUGCUGUUUGAGGAUGCCGUGGCGCAUAUCUGCAGGAUCAACCGCAUCCUGGAGUCACCUCGAGGGAAUGCCUUGUUGGUGGGCGUGGGGGGCAGCGGGAAACAGAGCCUGUCACGCUUGGCCGCCUACAUCAGUGCUCUGGACGUGUUCCAGAUCACCCUCAAGAAGGGCUAUGGGGUCGUAGAUCUCAAGGUUGACCUGGCUGCCCAGUACAUCAAGUCUGCAGUGAAGAAUGUGCCCUCCGUGUUCCUGAUGACAGACUCGCAGGUGGCCGAGGAGCAGUUCUUGGUGUUGAUCAAUGACCUGCUGGCCUCGGGAGAGAUCCCGGGGCUGUUCGCAGAGGACGACCUGGAAAACAUCAUCUCCUCCAUGAGGCCUCAGGUGAAGUCCCUUGGCAUGACUGACACCCGAGAAGCAUGCUGGAAAUUCUUCAUUGAGAAAGUACGCAGGCAGCUCAAGGUGAUUCUGUGUUUCUCCCCCGUGGGUUCCGUCCUGCGUGUGCGAGCCAGGAAGUUCCCUGCCAUGGUCAACUGCACAGCCAUCGACUGGUUCCAUGAGUGGCCAGAAGAUGCUUUGGUAUCUGUCAGUGCUCGCUUCCUGCGGAAAACAGAAGGCAUCCAGCCAGAGGUGAAGACGUCCAUCAGCUUGUUCAUGUCCUACGUGCACACCACGGUCAACGAGAUGUCCAAAGUGUACCUGGCAACCGAGAGGCGCUACAACUACACCACGCCCAAGACCUUUCUCGAGCAGAUCAAACUCUACCAGAGCCUGCUGGCCAAGAAGAGGAUGGAGCUGGUUGCCAAAAUCGAACGUCUGGAGAACGGCCUGAUGAAGCUACAAAGCACGGCCUCUCAGGUGGAUGAUUUGAAGGCCAAGCUGGCGGUUCAGGAGGCAGAGCUGAAACAGAAGAAUGAGAACACAGACAAAUUGAUCCAAGUGGUAGGUGUGGAGACCGAGAAGGUCAGCAAAGAGAAAGCCAUCGCCGAUGAGGAGGAGAUCAAGGUGGAGGUCAUCAAUAAGAAUGUUACUGAGAAACAGAAGGCUUGUGAAACAGACCUGGCCAAGGCAGAGCCGGCCCUCUUGGCUGCGCAGGAGGCUCUGAAUACUCUGAACAAGAACAACCUGACUGAGCUAAAGUCCUUCGGCUCUCCACCUGACGCUGUAGUCAACGUCACGGCUGCUGUCAUGAUCCUGACUGCGCCUGGUGGCAAGAUCCCCAAAGAUAAGAGCUGGAAGGCUGCAAAGAUCAUGAUGGGCAAGGUGGACACGUUCCUGGACUCGCUCAGGAGGUUCGACAAGGAGCACAUCCCCGAGGACUGCCUGAAGGCCUUCAAGCCCUACCAAGGCAACCCCACCUUUGAUCCUGAGUUCAUUCGCUCCAAAUCCACCGCUGCUGCAGGCCUGUGCUCCUGGUGCAUCAAUAUUGUGCGCUUCUACGAGGUCUACUGUGACGUGGCCCCCAAGAGGCAGGCCCUGGAGGAGGCUAACGCAGAGCUGGCAGAGGCUCAGGAGAAGCUGUCCCGAAUCAAAAACAAGAUUGCAGAACUCAAUGCCAACUUGAGCAACCUGACCUCAGCAUUUGAAAACGCGACAGCUGAAAAAAUCAAGUGUCAGCAGGAGGCAGAUGCCACGAACAGGGUGAUCUCACUGGCUAACAGGCUGGUAGGAGGACUGGCAUCAGAAAACGUGCGCUGGGCUGAAUCGGUGGAGACCUUCAGGAAACAGGGGGUCACCCUGUGUGGGGACGUCCUGCUCAUCUCCGCCUUUGUUUCCUACGUGGGCUACUUCACCAAGAAGUAUCGGACUGAGCUGAUGGAAAAGUUUUGGAUCCCUUACAUAAAUAAAUUAAAGGUCCCGAUCCCCAUCACAGAGGGCCUGGAUCCCUUGACUCUGCUGACAGACGACACAGAUGUGGCCUCCUGGAACAACCAGGGUCUGCCCAGCGACCGCAUGUCCACCGAGAAUGCCACCAUCCUAUGCAACACGGAGCGCUGGCCACUGAUCGUGGACGCCCAGCUUCAGGGGAUCAAAUGGAUCAAGAACAAAUAUGGCAGCGAUCUGAAGGCCAUCCGCCUGGGGCAGAAGAGCUACCUUGACAUUAUCGAACGGGCCAUCUCAGAGGGAGACAUCUUGCUCAUUGAGAACAUUGGCGAGACUGUGGACCCCGUGCUGGACCCGUUGCUGGGCAGGAACACGAUUAAAAAGGGGAGGUACAUUAAGAUUGGUGACAAAGAGGUGGAAUACCACCCCAAGUUCCGCCUGAUCCUGCACACCAAGUAUUUCAACCCCCACUACAAGCCUGAGAUGCAAGCACAGUGCACGCUCAUCAACUUCCUGGUCACCAGGGAUGGGCUUGAGGACCAGCUUCUGGCUGCUGUGGUGGCCAAAGAGCGCCCGGACCUCGAACAGCUGAAGGCCAGCCUCACCAAAUCACAGAAUGAGUUCAAGAUCCUGCUGAAGGGGCUAGAAGACUCUCUCCUGGCCCGGCUGUCAGCAGCAUCAGGGAACUUUCUGGGAGACACUGCCUUGUUGGAAAACCUGGAGACCACCAAACACACGGCCAACGAGAUCGAGGAGAAGGUCCAAGAGGCAAAAAUCACAGAAGCCAAGAUCAACGAGGCAAGAGAGAACUACCGCCCGGCCGCGGCACGGGCAUCUCUCCUGUUCUUCAUCCUCAGCGACCUCAACAAGAUCAACCCCAUCUAUCAGUUCUCCCUCAAGGCCUUCAGUGUGGUGUUCGAGAAAGCCAUCCAGGAGACCACACGUGCCGAAGAGGUGAAGCAACGCGUAAUCAACCUGACAGACGAGAUCACCUACUCGGUGUACAUGUACACGGCACGCGGCCUCUUUGAGCGCGACAAGCUUAUCUUCCUGGCUCAGGUCACUUUCCAGGUCUUAUCCAUGAAGAAGGAGCUGAACCCUGUGGAGUUGGACUUCCUCCUGCGCUUCCCCUUCAAGGCAGGCGUCGUGUCACCCGUGGACUUCCUGCAACACCAGAGCUGGGGUGGAAUCAAGGCCUUGUCAGAGAUGGACGAGUUCAAAAAUCUGGACAACGACAUCGAGGGCUCUGCCAAGCGGUGGAAAAAGCUGGUGGAGUCGGAGGCUCCCGAGAAGGAGAUAUUCCCCAAGGAGUGGAAAAACAAGACGGCGCUGCAGAAGCUGUGCAUGGUGCGCUGCAUGAGGCCUGACCGCAUGACCUACGCCAUCAAGAACUUUGUGGAGGAGAAGAUGGGCAGCAAGUUUGUGGAAAGCCGGAGCGUGGAGUUCUCCAGGUCCUACAAGGAAAGCAGCCCCUCCACCCCCAUCUUCUUCAUCCUGUCCCCUGGCGUCGAUCCCCUCAAAGAUGUGGAGGCCCUGGGGAAAAAACUGGGAUUUACUAUAGACAAUGGGAAACUCCACAAUGUGUCCCUGGGGCAGGGGCAGGAGGUGGUGGCCGAGAAUGCCCUUGACGUGGCUGCCGAGAAAGGGCACUGGGUCAUUCUGCAGAACAUCCACCUGGUGGCACGGUGGCUGAGCACCCUGGAUAAGAAGGUGGAACGCUACAGCAUAGGCAGUCACCAUGACUACAGACUGUUCAUCAGUGCGGAGCCUGCCCCCAGCCCCGAGUCACACAUCAUCCCUCAGGGCAUCCUGGAAAAUGCCAUCAAAAUCACCAACGAGCCUCCCACGGGCAUGUAUGCCAACCUGCACAAGGCUCUGGACCUCUUCACCCAGGACACGCUGGAGAUGUGUACCAAGGAGCUCGAGUUCAAGUGCAUCCUCUUCGCCCUGUGCUACUUCCACGCAGUGGUGGCCGAGAGGUGCAAGUUCGGUGCCCAGGGCUGGAACCGGUCAUACCCCUUCAACCACGGGGACCUCACCAUCUCCGCCGACGUGCUCUACAAUUACCUGGAGGCCAACCCCAAGGUGCCCUGGGAUGACCUCCGCUACCUUUUUGGUGAGAUCAUGUACGGCGGCCACAUCACAGAUGACUGGGACCGCCGGCUGUGCAGGACCUACCUAGCAGAGUACAUCCGGGUGGAGCUGCUGGAAGGCGAGGUGCUGCUGGCCCCCGGGUUCCAGAUCCCCCCCAACCUGGACUACAAGGGCUACCAUGAAUACAUUGAUGAGAACCUGCCCCCCGAGAGUCCCUAUCUGUACGGCCUGCACCCCAACGCAGAGAUCGGCUUCCUAACAGUCACCUCAGAGAAACUGUUCCGCACCGUCCUGGAAAUGCAGCCCAAAGAGACAGACUCGGGAGCAGGCACAGGCAUGUCCCGAGAAGAGAAGGUGAAGGCCGUGCUGGAUGAGAUCCUUGAGAAGAUUCCAGAAACCUUCAACAUGGCUGAGAUCAUGGCGAAAGCUGCUAAGAAGACACCCUACGUGGUCGUCGCCUUCCAAGAAUGUGAACGAAUGAACAUCCUGACCAAUGAGAUGCGGCGCUCACUGAAGGAGCUGAACCUGGGGCUGAAGGGGGAGCUGACCAUCACAACUGACAUGGAGGACCUAUCCACUGCUCUGUUCUAUGACACUGUGCCCAAGACAUGGGUGGCCCGGGCCUACCCCUCCAUGAUGGGCCUGGGAGCCUGGUACGCAGACCUACUGCUCCGCAUCAGGGAGCUGGAGGCCUGGACAACGGAUUUUGCUCUGCCCACCACGGUGUGGCUGGCUGGUUUCUUCAACCCGCAGUCAUUCCUCACAGCCAUCAUGCAGUCCAUGGCCAGGAAGAACGAGUGGCCCUUGGACAAGAUGUGUCUGUCUGUGGAAGUGACCAAGAAAAACCGGGAGGACAUGACUGCUCCCCCCCGAGAGGGCGCCUAUGUGUAUGGACUCUUCAUGGAAGGAGCUCGCUGGGAUACCCAGACCGGAGUCAUCGCCGAAGCAAAGCUGAAGGAUCUGACGCCAGCCAUGCCCGUCAUCUUCAUCAAGGCCAUCCCUGCGGACCGAGUGGAGACCAAGAACAUCUAUGAGUGCCCAGUGUACAAGACGCGCAUCCGAGGCCCCACCUACGUCUGGACCUUCAACCUGAAGACCAAAGAGAAAGCAGCCAGAUGGACCCUGGCGGCUGUGGCACUGCUCCUGCAGGUGUAGACGCCAGGGCCAGACCAGCAGCCUGGCCACAACGCCAUCCCAACCAGAAAUGGCCUUGCAGCUGUCCCUUCUUUACAGGAACUGAUGGCUAUUUCUGACUCUUACAUAAUCUGGCACACCUGGACUACCAAGAGGGUGGAGGUGGGCGAGGGCAGGCAUGGAAGGGGUGCUGUAGAGUAAAACGAUCACAGUCACUUGGCUGUGCCUGGCUGAUUCCGCUUAGUGCCUGAUGUCACCCAAGGUCUGGCACAGCGGGGAGUGAGGCUCUGUCCCCAGUAGCCAGGAACAAGCCUCCUAGGGAACAAACCCCAAACCUUGACUCCCCGGGAGCCAGGUGUGUUUAACUUACACAAGCAGUACAUGGGAUUAGGACGCAGUGCUCACCUUUGGCCUGAUGCUGUGCAAAAAGCCCCAAGCCCCACAGCAAGGGCAUAGGGAGCUCCCUCAUAAAUAGGAGUGGCCAUGGUGUGGGCGGUGUCCACACUGCCCAAGAACAAGAACCUUUUGUAAUCACAGCAGUGCCAGCCUCCGCCCCACAACCAGAAAGAGCAACCCAGCUGUUUGGCAGCUGCUGCUCCCUGCUCAGUCCCACUGCCUAGGGCAGUGGAGACAGCAGAGGCCACUGUGACCAUGGGCUGUGCCCAGCUGUGGGAUGGCCACUGGCUACUCAGUGGCUGCUUCCACCCAACUCCAAGGCCCAGAGGGAGCUCUGGGUAGUGAACCGCAGUCCCAGCAUAAGGAAAACCAGGCUCCUCUCCUGGAUGAGUCCUUCAGCUUGAGUUUGGGGCAACUACAGGAGAAACACCUGCAACCUGUCAGAGAGGCCAGCUCAGUACCAUGAACACACAUGCACACGUACACAUGCAUACACACAUACAUCCUGUCAGAGAGGUCAGCUCAGGAUUAUGAACACACACACAUGCACACACACCCUGAUGCCCACAUAGAGCUGUUAGGGUUGGGGACGCGACCUCUUUACACAGUGGGCACCUGCCAGUUGAUGGCAGCUACAGGUAGCGCUGGCUGAAAGGCUGCCCUGAAAGACCAGGCCUGGGCCUACUGUUCACGUCUGUCCACCUGCAAGCCUGGCCCCACUGGUCAUGACUGUCCACCUCAAGCCGAGCACCUCAGCAGGGAGGGUACAGCCCAGGCCUCAGACACAGCAGGCUGAUGCCCAGCAGAGUGGCCAGGCUGCACACAAGAGAGGAGACUGGAGACUAGGAUCCCGGGGUGACAGGACAGCCCCCAAAGCCCAGAGCUCCUGGGGAGCAAGGAGCAGCCCCAUAGCCCCUCCCCCUCUUCCCAGACAGAAGGAAGGACAGAGCAGUUAAAGGCCAAGCCUGGCCACUGAGCAACUGCCUCUCUCUGCGGCAGAAGGGUCACUGCAGCCCCGCAGCCGACAGCCAGCAAGACCCCAAGGCAGUCCCCGGUAAUAACCACAAAAUGAGCUUUUUUUCAGUUUUGCCUUUGGAGCCUGAAGUGCAGCAGUAAUUUAUUCCACACACACACACACCCUGCGUAGUUGUCAGACAAAAUUAUCUCCGAACUUCCCAAGGAUGAGUCAAGUCACCUGUGGGCCCCACUGCAGUGGCGAGAAGGCAGGGGUCUGGAAGAGACACUGCUGCCUGGGGCAGAAUUAAGGAGACUGGAUCUGAAGAGCCAGAGGGACAACCUACCCAGGACACCAGCAAGGCCUGAGCAGGGACCAGAGGCAGCGGAGAGGCAGCUCAGGAGGGCGACUUAGGCCAGCCUGCGCCCGGGGCUUUCCACUCUAGCCCUGCAGAAGCUGCAAGCGCUGUGUACGCCUCUCUAAACACAAGCCCAGUGCCCUGCAGUUCCUGUGACUCCCAUCACUUGCCCCACAGGAUAAUUUAAUAGUGUCCCUGAAGGCAAACAGCACUGAGGGGCUCUGCUCUGUUCUCAGACAGCCGGCAGCUGCCCCAGCUUAGGCCAGGUGUUCCCAGCUCUGGAGCCCCAGGUGCCACGAUCAGGCUGUGAUGACAAGGCCAGCUGGCGACUACAGCUCAGAUCUCACAAGAGGUGACCAUCACAGCUGUCGGCCACAGGGGGUAGAAAGGAGCAGCUGCUGCCAGAGGCACCCAGACACCCUGGAGAAGAGGUUGGGCAGAUGAGCAGGCUUCUAUAAGGCAGGGGACGUGUGGAGGUGCUAUGUGGACCGACAACACGAGCUGCCAAUCAACCAAUCAUAUGCUGGAGACCUUAUUUGAAUCUUAUGUCAAACAAAUCAAAAAAACGAAAAUGAGCCGGGUGCAGUGGCACACAUCUACAAUCCCAGCACCUGAGGCUAAGGUAGGAUUGCCACAAAUUGAAGGCCAGCCUGGGCCAACCUCGGCCAACCUCCCUGGGAUUACGAACAUCUUCUGGUCAUCCGACAACAUGAGGAACUCUGGCUGAGUUCUGUACCAGGUGCGAUACUGGCACAGCUGCGUCCACUUUAGGAGGACAACCCCAUGCAUAUGUGGUUUACAAACAAGGGAUAUGAGUGUCAGAAGGAACGAAGCAGGGGCUGCCAGGAGGGGAAGGCAGGAAUAAGCCGCACACUGUGGGUCUCCGAGAGCUAUCUCACUCUCUUUGUCUAGUGUUAUUUAAAAUAAUGAGAAAAAACUACGUGAUGUAAAGCAAGUCUUAAGCAAGGCAUGGUGGCACACGCCUUUAAUCCCAGCACUAGGGAGGCAGAAGCAGGUAGAUCUCUGUUCAAGACCAGCCUGGUCUACAUAGUGAGUUUCUGGCCAGCCAGGGCUACAAAGCUUUCCAAAAAGUUGUAGCUGUGGGAACAGAGAGCAGGAGCUGAGAGCCAUGCAAACAUAUGGACAUAGGGCGUCAUUAAGAACCCACACACCAGCCAGGCGUGGUGGCGCAUGCCUUUAGUCCCAGCACUUGGGAGGCAGAGGCAGGCCGAUCUCUGAUCUCUAUGAGUUCAAGGCCACAAGGCCAGCCUGGUCUACAUAGUGAGUUCCAGGACACCUGGGGCUACGAGGAGACCCUGUCUCAAAAAAGACCAAAAAAAAAAAAGAACCCACACAUCAUCUCAGGCCCAACUCCUCUGUGACCCCCUCACCCUUCCUCCCCACAAGCCAAAGCAGAGGCACCAAGGACUGACCCUGUGGGGCCUUCAGGGUAUAUUUGGGGUCCAGAGGCCCCAUGGGUCAUGAUGGCCAGCCCUGCCCAGACCUGAAGAGCAGGGCAGCUCAGGGACCUUCAUCCAUAUUCUUACAAGGCACUGGCUCCUGGGUGGACAGUGUAGCCUAUGACUAACUGCCCACACAUCUAGAACAUCACACUCACCAUCAGCACGUCACAGAAACGUCAAGGAGACACAAGACAGCAGCCCCAAGGUCUGGCUCAGCCACCACCUCAUCCUCUAAGCUGCAGCUGACCAGGCAGCCAGCCAGAGCCACUCUCAGUCCAAGAGCUCCUCCUCCACCUGAUCCUCCUCUCCUGGGAAUUGUCCCUGCGGGGCCACGCACAUGAGGGAGGAAGGACAAACAGACUGCCCUUCUGCUCCCUGGGCUCCUGAGCCUCCCAGGACCCCUGGGCAGGGAGAGCAGAAGGCACUGUACACCCCCGUAUGUACCCAGCCCAGAGAGCAGAAGGCACCUGAGAGGAGGUGACUGAGCUACAAGGGUUAGCACCCAGCUUUACAACCCCUGACAGCAGCUGUCCACAGACAGACACUGCUCUGUGCCAAGCCAAGGACACAGUGGAAGAGCCCUCAGGGUCCAGUCCCUGGAGCACUUCCUGACCUACUAUGUUCCCAGCAAAACCACGUAGAGA